CGAAGGUGAGCUGAGGUUAAGGGACUGAGGAUAUGCCAGUAACGCCCAGGUACUCGACCAGCUUACACAGUAGACCUCUCCUUCUACAAGCUUAAGGCAGCAGCAAGAUGGCACAAUUUGAGGGUAAAUAUAAGCACGACAGGGACGAAAACUUUGAAGCCUUCUUGGAAAAGAUAGGAACGAAUUUCGUGAUGCGCAAAAUGGCGUCCAAAGCGAAGCCCAGCAUCGAAGUGAAGAUCGAAGGGGACACAUGGACGGUUCAAGUAGUGGCGGCGGUUAAGACGGUUACAAUGAAGUUCAAACUGGGCGAAGAGACGGAAAUAGACACUCAGGACGGAAAGAUUAAGGUGAUUUUCGGACUGGAGGGCAACAAGCUAACCCAAAGACCUGCGGACACGCAAAACAGCAAGGCUGUGCUCGUUGAAAGAGAGUUCACGGGCGAGGGUAUAAACCAGAAAAUGACACACUUGUCAAGCGGGGCAGUCGGCAUGAGGUGCUUCGUAAGAGCAUAGCCGCCAUGAUGGACCUAAACGUGCCUCAGGACAAUAAACCCCACUAACACUUUUGGCUUAAUACUGUAUAUAAAGAAAUUUGUGAUCUAA